AUGUUUUGGCCUUGGAAGAGAGCGUUUGAUUCCCUGGUGCAGUCGGCUUGUGUGUCAACUGCAGAGAAAUUAUCCUUUCUGGGCAAGUACACCACAGGUACAACAAAAUCACUGGUAGACAGGUAUCGACUAAGAAACGUAGACAACGUAGAAAGAGCAUACAAAGAAGCCUGGGAAGAACUGGAGUCAAGAUUUGGCAACCCGGCUGUCAUUUCCUCAAUCAUCAUAAAACAGUUAAGUACAUUCAGCAAAAUCAAAGCUGACGACAACCAGCGACUUCUCGAACUUGCAGACUUGCGCGUAGACACAGUUGCACACAUGAAGGACCUACCUCAUUUGAUUAUACUUGAUACUCCACAUGGAAUGAAUCCA